AUGAAGCUGUACCAAGUCACCGCCGUCCUGGCCUUCAUCACCACUGGUGUCAUUGCCACCCCUUCCGGCUACGACAAAGACAACAAGUCCCCUGAGAAGCACGGCGAUGACAACUAUCCCGGCAAGAAGGGAGAUGAUGACUAUCGUCCUGGCAAGGGAUAUGGUAAUUAUGAUGAGAAAUAUGGUCCCGGAGGCAAAGGAUACGACGGCAAGAGCCGUGGGGACAAAGACAAGAAGUACGAAUGGGACAUUGAACGAUGUGACUGGUGUCCCUACAAUCCCAAGAUCUGGAACGGAUACGAACCCAAGAGUCGUGACUACAAGCGUCCCUGCCCGGAAGACAAGAAGAAGUGCCAGAAGUACGCCUACGACUACUCCAAGGCCACUUACUCGGGAUACUUCAGCGAGUUCCAGAAGUGCUCCAAGGGUGAUGACUACAAGGUCACUGGCAAGGUCAGCGCUUGCAGCGGAUACGGAAAGGCCCAGUGCCUGAUUGUCCAGUACGAGGAUUGGGAGAAGUGGUCUGACAAGAUCGCCUACCUCGGACUCUACUCGUACAAGAAGGAGGGCCCUAAGGACAAAAAAUAUCUCAACUUCAACAAGUACUGCAAGAAGAACAAGUGCGUUGUUCCUGUUGAGAAGGUCCCCGGCUACCCCAAGUUCAAGGACAGUGUCUGGGUCGGAAUCGACGAUGACCAGUGCCGUGAGGACUUCAAGAAGGGCGACAAGAAGAACGACUAUGACUACAAGAAGGGAGGAAAGGGUGACGACUAUGAUUCCAAGAAAGGCCGCGAUGGCGAUGACUACAAUAAUGACAAGGACGAGGAGUACAAGAAGGACGGAAAGGUCUACCCUAGUGGCCGAUACGAAGAGGUCAAGUAUCUCAAGCUCGACAUUGAGGCUAAGUACUCCAAGAAGUGCGCUGAGUUCUGCUGCUGCGCUUAG